CCUGACUCGGAAACUCCGGCCCAAAUGAGCCAGUCUCCUCGCAGAAACCACACUAAACCCUAAUUUGAUUCAUUUUUAGACCUAGAGUAUAAAUACCAAACAUUUCAAUCGACCUCGUAAUCUCUCGCUCUGUUACGCCAUUUUCGUGAGUAAGAAGAAGAAACCCGAAAACCUCAAACCAUGGCCGAGGGACUCGUAUUGAAGGGCAUUAUGCGCGCCCACACCGACAUUGUCACGGCCAUCGCUACGCCGAUCGACAAUUCCGACAUCAUCGUCACAGCGUCGCGUGACAAAUCCAUCAUCCUCUGGAAACUCACAAAGGACGAUAAGUCUUACGGUGUUGCUCAGCGUAGGCUCACAGGUCACUCUCACUUCGUGGAAGAUGUUGUUCUCUCAUCGGACGGUCAGUUUGCACUCUCCGGAAGCUGGGACGGUGAGCUCCGUCUCUGGGAUCUUGCCACGGGAGAAACAACUCGUCGAUUCGUUGGUCAUACGAAAGAUGUGCUCUCUGUUGCAUUCUCUACUGAUAACCGGCAGAUCGUGUCUGCUUCUCGUGAUCGUACGAUUAAGCUUUGGAACACACUUGGUGAGUGUAAGUAUACCAUCUCUGAAGGUGAUGGUCACAAGGAAUGGGUUAGUUGUGUUAGGUUUAGUCCUAAUACUCUUGUACCAACUAUUGUAUCUGCUUCUUGGGAUAAAACUGUGAAAGUUUGGAAUCUCCAGAACUGUAAGCUGAGGAACUCUCUUGUUGGUCACUCUGGUUACCUCAACACUGUUGCUGUCUCGCCUGAUGGUUCGCUAUGCGCCAGUGGUGGGAAAGAUGGUGUUAUCUUGUUGUGGGAUUUGGCUGAAGGAAAGAAGCUUUACUCGCUUGAGGCGGGUUCGAUUAUUCACUCGCUUUGCUUCAGUCCUAACAGAUACUGGUUGUGUGCUGCUACUGAGAAUAGCAUUAGGAUUUGGGAUCUUGAGAGCAAGUCUGUUGUUGAGGACUUGAAGGUUGAUCUCAAGUCUGAGGCAGAGAAGAAUGAAGGUGGUGUUGGAACUGGUAACCAGAAGAAGGUUAUCUACUGCACAAGCUUGAACUGGAGUGCAGAUGGAAGCACAUUGUUCAGUGGUUACACUGAUGGAGUUGUCAGGGUCUGGGGUAUUGGUCGUUACUAGAGACACAACAAGAUGAAGAAGAAGUCACGAAAUCUCCGGAAAAAAGUUUAGCUGCUUUUAAUUUUUCCAGACUGCGUCAGUAUUGUAUUAGUCUCUCGCAAACCUCUAUUUUGGCAAUUUUUGUUUAAUUUCCAGAAGAGAAAAAAACAAUCCAUUGAUUAUCAUAUCACUAUAUAUCAAAAGGUCACGAUUUUGAUUACACUUACCUUCGUGAUCUUCCGAUUGGUCUUA